AUGGAUAAUGAUGUAGAUAUGGCUGAAUUGUAUAAGCCAAGAUGGGAAAAUAUGGCCGAAUCACCGAUAAUUGAGCAAGUACCAUCUAAGUAUAAGCUAAAACUAAAAUAUGGAGGCUAUUUUAGGCCAGCCAAGAACUCAUGUAGGAAAAUAUAUGUUUUGGCUCUCAAAAUACUUUAUAUAUCCAAGAGCAACCCCGUCUUCUCAACUGUUUUUGUUGACAAGAAUGCCACACGACAAUCUUUUAUUGAUCUUGAUUCCGAUGACAACUUCAUGGUUAUGCUUAGCAUGUACGAGAAAGAGAAAGAAGUAACCAUUUAUAUGACAACAGAUAACAGCAGUAGGACAAUUGAAUUACAAAAGAGUGCUCAGGAUAAAGUUGUUGAAACAGAUGAUGAGGAUGAAUCAGAUUAUUGUCCAAGCGAAGAGAGUUAUCACAGCCAUCUUAGUUCUGACGGUGAAGGUGCGAUGUUGAAUUAUGAAGGCGAAACAGACUCAUUUAACCAGAAAUGUCCAACGAUUAAAGUGAACUCUAAGUUUACAAACGCAGUUGCUUUCAAAAGAGCUUUGAACCAUCAUGCAAUCACAAAUGAGUACGAUUACUUUCUAGUGAAAAGUGAUCCAACACGCUUCAUUGCAAGAUGUAGAAACAUGGAGUGCGACUGGAGAAUACAUGCUUCUACCAUGCAAGAUGAAAUUACUUUUGAAGUGAAAACAAUGGUAGAAGCUCAUUCUUGUACUCGAAGCAACAAAGGCGGUAAUAACCGUGCCACACAAGGAUGGGUUGCUGGUAUAGUUUCAGACAAGUUAAAAUCAGAUGGGGAUGUCACUCCUGCAGAACUUAGGAAAUGGAUUUUGAAAAUUUACAAUGUGGAUGUACCAUAUUUGAAAGUCUUUAGAGGGAAGGAACAAGCUUACACUGAUAUAUAUGGUAAGUGGGAAGAUUCAUUCAUUAAGAUGGAUGAUUUCAAAGCAGAACUACUAAAUAAGAACCCGGGAAGUGUUGUUGAGAUUGACUUUGAGAAAAAAGGUGACAAGAAACACUUCAAGAGGUUUUUUAUAUCAUUAGCAGCUUGCUCUAAAGAGUUUCUAGCUGGUUGUCGUCCUUAUAUUGGUCUUGAUGCAUGUCAUCUUAAAGGGAAGUAUAAUGGGGUACUAGCUGCUGCCACGGGAAUUGAUGGUAAUAAUUCAAUAUUCCCAGUUGCCUAUAGUGUGCUUGAAUCAGAGAAUACUGCAUCGUGGACAUGGUUCCUUGAGUCGCUAAAAAGAGCAAUUGGGACACCAGACGGUCUUGUCAUCUCAUCUGACAUGCAAAAAGGGUUAGAAGUAGCUAUUAUGCAUGUUUAUCCUAAUGUUGAGCAUAGAGAAUGCAUAAGGCACUUGUAUAGCAACUUUAAGAAACAUUUUCGUGGUGACUUCUUCUACUCUAACCUAUGGGGUGCUGUAUUAACAUACCAUUCCAGUGAGCAUGAUAGAUUUAUGAAACAAAUUGCUGGUUUGCGUGAAAAUGCGAUUACAUAUCUUACUCAGAACCAUAAUAAGAUAUGGAGUCGAAGCAAGUUUGGCACAAUAUCCAAGUGUGAUUAUAUUACCAACAAUAUUUCUGAGGCAUUUAAUUCUUGGAUAGGAAAACUGCGUUAUAAGCCGGUGUUGGAUCUCGUUGAUUCCAUUAGGGAAAAAAUGAUAAAACGAUUUGAUAAGAAAAGAAGGAUUGUAAAAAAAUGGAAUGGCACUUUAGUUCCUAAGGCAAAAAGUUAUCUCAAUCAGAUCUCCAAGAACUUGGGUGAAUACAAAGUUUCAAGAACCAGUGAUACUCAAGCCGAAGUAACAUAUAAAACAAAACGUUAUGAGGUUAAUCUUCUUGAGAGAAAAUGCAGUUGUCGGGUGUGGCAAGUUAAAGGUCUCCCUUCUGUACAUGCAGCAGCUUUGAUUGCUUUCACAAGAGAUAGUGAUUGGGACAAAUAUGUUGAUCCAUAUUUCUCCAUUGAGAAAUUUAAGGAAGCAUAUGCUUUAGAUUUUGGUACAAUAUCUGGGAAAGAUCAAUGGUUUGGACACCGUGAAAAGACAUGCAAUAACGCAUCAUCUCAAAGUUCUGGUCAAUAUGAAACAUCUCAAGCACAUAAUAAUAAAAGGAGACGAGGAAAGAAGAGGAAAGCUCAUGAAAAUGGUGCAGAUUAA